AGUUAAUAGCAGUAAUAGUAGUAGUAGUAGUAGUAGUAAUAGUAGUAGUGUAGUAGUAUAGUAGUAGUAGUAGUGCGGGUAUAUCAACGAUAUGCCAGGAGAAUACUACUGUGUUCGCCUAAUGCUCUCUUCAGCCCUCAGUUCAACGCAGUCCGCAGACAUCGACGGCCGAUUCGUCGUCAGCCAUUCUGUCUUUCACGUGUUCCUCCUCUUUUUAUACACUUAUCUUGUUUUUCGUUUAAAUUUAUUUAUUAAUUUAUUUAUUUAUUCAAUCAUCUUUUCUUCAUUCAAAAGAUAUAUAUAUAUAUAUAUAUAUAUAUAUAUAUAUAUAAAGAGAGAGAGAGAGAGAGAGAGAGAGAGAAGGAGUGAAAGAAAAAAGAAUAUUAUUAUAUUGCGUUUUUUUCUUUUUUUUUUUAAUUAAGAAAAUUUAACUGAUUCGAAUAUAAUUCUCGAGAAGAAAUUUAAGAAAUGUUUAUGUUAUUUUAAAGUGCAACGAUCUGCGAGGGUGUUUUGUUUGUUUGUUUUUGUUAAUUAAUUUGUUUGUUUGUGCAUAUAUAUAUGUGUGUGUGUGUGUGUGUGUGGGUAUGUGUACGAGAAAAGUUUAUUAAUAUCAUUUGUAAUGAAUGAAAACGAUGGAAAUCGCAAAAAAUAAAUUACCAUCGAUUUAUAAUAAAUAAGGAAUAAAUUAAUCUAAAACAUAGAGAGAAUAUGGAAGAAGAUAUAUUAUUAUUAUGAGCAACGUUGGUAGAUUGACGAUUUUAAUUUUGAUAACAACAUUGACGUAUCUGAAGGCAUUGACGGUUGUCAACCAUCAUAACGACGACGAAUAUGUACUCGAGCAUGAAGUCCUUUACAAGGAUGCGAUCAACGAAGCAAAGAAACUCGAGAUUUAUCCAGGUCCAAUACCGGGAUGUAAACAUUGCACCAAUUCAGAGAUAACCUAUUGCAAGAAUGGAAGCGUCAUUAAUGAUCAUUGCUGUUGCGAUGGUAGUUAUAAUAUGUUCCCCUUCGUUGAACACACUUGUCGCGUGGGACCAGAAGAAUGCAAAGUAGAGGCUGGAGAUUGUGCAGAGUAUACAAGAUUACGUGAAUGUUGUUGUCAUUCUUACUUGGCGUCUGUGUGGAAAUAUUUAGCGACCGGCGAAGGAUCUCGCAAUGAUGCAAAUUUAAUAAUGUUCCUGACGAUAAUAGCAAUGGUGCUUGGAUUAUACUUAACGUAAAAGCCGAUUAUAAAAAACAUUACCAAAUAUUUUGUACAGUAUGGGAGUAUACUCCUUAAUAAAUUAUUUUUACAUCGAUUAAUAAUAAUUAAUUCGAAAUAGACGA